UCAGCCAACUACUUCAUUUUCUUAAAAUCCUUAAAAUCCAGAGGGCAGUUUGUGGUCGAGCAGCCAGAUGGAGCGGCUCCCAUGGGGAAGAGCCCCCGGGAGGCGGGCGGCGUGGGGGAGGAGCGAAGGGGCAGCGGUGCCGGCUGGGCGCCGCGGGGCCCGCCCUGCCCGUGUCCCGCUUCUUUUCCCUUCCCUUCCCCGGCCCGGCCCAGCCCAGCCCAGCCCGGCCCGUCCGGCCGAGCAGCGCCGUGAGCCCCGUCCCACAGAGCCCCGUCCGGCCCCGCCGCCGCCGCCGCCGCCAUGUCGGGCGCGGGCGGGCGCGCCGCGCUGGCGCUGCUGCUGCUGCUGGGGCUGCCCGGGCUGCCGCAGGCCCGGCCCCGCUACGAGCCCACCUGGGGCUCGCUGGACGCCCGGCCGCUGCCCGCCUGGUUUGACGAGGCGAAGUUCGGCGUCUUCAUCCACUGGGGCGUGUUCUCGGUGCCCAGCUUCGGCAGCGAGUGGUUCUGGUGGUACUGGCAGAAGGAAAAGAGAGAACCCUAUGUGAAAUUUAUGGACACAAAUUACCCACCUGGCUUCAGCUAUGAAGAUUUUGGUCCUCUGUUUACAGCAGAAUUCUUUGAUCCCAACCAGUGGGCAGAUAUUCUGAAGGCUUCAGGUGCAAAAUAUGUUGUCUUAACUUCAAAACAUCAUGAGGGCUUUACUUUGUGGGGGUCCAAAUAUUCUUGGAACUGGAAUGCUGUUGAUGUGGGACCAAAGCGAGAUCUUGUUGCUGAACUAGCAGCAUCUGUUAGAAACAGGACUGAUUUGCAUUUUGGGUUAUACCAUUCCCUGUUUGAAUGGUUCAAUCCUCUCUUCCUUGAGGAUGCCACCAAUGCCUUUAACACAAGCAAGUUUCCAACCAGCAAAUCAUUACCAGAACUCUAUGAAAUUGUGACCAAGUACCAGCCAGAAAUAAUUUGGUCUGAUGGGGAUGGAAAUGCUCCAGAUACUUACUGGAACAGCACUGGUUUCUUGGCUUGGCUGUAUAAUGACAGCCCGGUCCGGGACACGGUAGUGACCAAUGACCGCUGGGGAGCUGGCAGCAUCUGCGCCCACGGCGGCUUCUACACGUGCAGUGACCGCUACAACCCUGGGCACCUCCUGCCCCACAAGUGGGAGAACUGCAUGACCGUGGACCGCAGCUCCUGGGGCUACCGCAGGGACGCGCGCCUCCGGGACUACCUCCCCAUCGAGGACUUGGUGAAGCAACUUGCAGAAACAGUGUCUUGUGGAGGAAAUCUCCUGAUGAACAUCGGGCCCACCCACGACGGUCGCAUCGCUGUUGUGUUUGAGGAGCGCCUGAGGCAGGUGGGCUCUUGGCUGAAGGUCAAUGGAGAGGCCAUCUAUGGAACAAAACCAUGGAGAGCACAGAAUGACACUGUCACACCUGGAGUCUGGUACACUUUCACCCCUAAAGAAGGGAAAGUCAAUGCUAUCUUCCUUAACUGGCCAGUCUCUGGGAUUCUGGAACUUGGUGAGCCACGGGCUAAGCUUGGAGAAACACAGGUGAAGCUGGCUGGAUACAGGGAGCUGCUGAAAUGGGUUGCCCUGGGAGAAAAGGGAAUGGUUAUUGCUCUACCUCAAUUGACUCCUCAGCAAAUGCCAUGUCAGUGGGGCUGGACCUUACAACUGACUCAUGUAGACUGAGCCAUACUCUACUGAAGUCCUGGCUAGCAGGGAGUGGUAAUGCUUUGCUCUUUCCUAUCACUGGUUUUAAACUUGUUUGA